AUGACGGACAGCUCAGAUCCAGCGCCAGUGUCGCCAACCUCGAUUUGGUCCUCCCGCAUGCCCAGAGAGCUGGCCUCACUCGAGGAGAAGCUCAGGCGCGGAACAAGCACACGGACAUGUCGGGUCACGGUCCUGUCCAAGACGCUCGACAAUGACAACGGGGUCUGCAAGUGCACCGUUAUGCUCAAUCGUCGGGACGAGCAAGCAGACGACCGUGGACCGGACGAGGACGAGCCCUUGGACUUGGGAGAGACGGGAGGCGUCCUCCUCGAGGUGGACGCCUCCUCCCGGCCGGCAACAGGCGAGGGCACAGGGGUCUCGGGGGCCACGGCCUAUCCCUUCGUCCCUCCCAUCAUCAAUGUCAUACAAGGGAUUGACCUUUUACCGGCGGCAUACGUGGGAGAGGACGGCCGGACCCUGCUUCUGGCUGCGUUGAGGGCGUGGACGCCCAAGGUCGGGCUGGCGGACUUAGUCUUGGCGGCGGCUGAAGCAGUGCAGGGCUUCGAAGGUGCCCACGACGAGGAUCCUGAGACGAGAGGAUAUGAGCCCAACCAUGUUCUGGACGUCAGGCACCUCGGAGACCGGCUCUUUCCUGGCUCGGUGCCCCAGCAGGGAGGGGACAUGCUGCCCCGGUACUUGGUAGUGACGGAGGCCUGGGUCCUGAACGUCAAGGCGCACGAGGCCAAGCUGGGCUCUGUGGUGGUGGUGAAAGCCCGCCCCCAGGCGCACAUCGGCAAGCUGAGGUACAAGCAGGGUUGCUCGAUUUCGGUGGAGUUCCGAGACGGCGACCGGUGGCUCCUGGCCAUGUCCCGGGCCCAGGAGUGCGUCGAGGCGAUUCAGGAGGCACUGAGGGCGCGGGGCGUGGUGGGAUUCCGGACCAGCCAGGCCGCCCUUAACCACGUGGCGCGCGCACAGGCCUAUCUACAGGAGGCGCAGCNCCGGGAAGAGGCCGCGGAGGAGGGAGGGCACUGGACUCUGGCGCAGGUGCGGAGCGUGUGCGAUCUAUACAAGCAAGCGACAGAGCGAUUUGGGUCCUUCUCCUCGGAGGAAAGCAUAGCGAGGACAGGCGAGGCGGUAGGCCGGCUGCAGUCCUUCCUCAGCCGUCCCGAGGUUCAGGACUUGCUCGCUCGCACCGCCUCCCCGACCGGCGCGGAGCCACCGGAUUCGGACGAGAGCCCGGACCCUGAGGGCUCAGGAACGCUCUCGUCGCCGCCGGCGCGGAAAGGCGAGGUUUUGGCCGGGUCGGCCGUCGCGGACAUGGCGUCGGGAGAGGACGACGGGCUCAGCAGGGAGGAACGACGCCUCGCCCCUCUCUCGGAGCGGCUCAAGCACAUGCUGGACCUAAAUUUGCGCAAACCGGCCGCGGACGCCCGGGACAGGCUCCCCAGCCUCGACAGCACAUCCUCUUCCUCAGGUACCGGCGGAAAUAGCCGUACUGGCGCCGCCGUGGCGGGGGAGGGGCCGGCGCCAAUGAGAAGGGGGGGGGGCGUGGACGCGGAAUUGCACGAGCUUGACGAGGCGCUGGGUGAAGCCAGUAGGGAGUGGGAGGGUUUGCGAUCUCCCGGGCCAGUCCAGACAUUAGAAGAGCCUCUUACUGGAAGUGAGGAAGAGGAAAUUACUCAAUCCGACCAAGACUUGUUGGGCGUGGAAGAGGCUAGCGUGAUGCCGGCAAAGAAGGAGAACGGAGGAAACGGUGUCAUCCCGCACACAACGGUCCGCCUCUGCCUUGGAAUCGCCGGUGCCCUCCUGCGUGCUGGCUGCUGCCGCCGCAAAAUAGGGCCCAGGAGUUCUGGCAGGAUCUGA